AUGAAGUGCUAUCCAAAGCUGUUUGAUGCUGGUGGAUUUGAGUGUUUGUUGUUUCAAAGAGGUGGUGGAGAAGAUGGUGGGUUUCAUAGCCAAGCCAAGAUAUACAUAAGGCCUCUUCAAAAAGAUAUAUGCUUGAAGGAUGAUAGUCAAAAUUUGGAACAAGAUUUACAGGUAAUUAUAGAGAUGGUGCUUCGGUGGCGAAGUGAUUAGCGCACUUGCCUUUGACCUCUGAAGCCGCAGGUUCAAGCCUCAAUGAGAACUUUCUCAAUGCGACUCGAACCCAGUCCUCAUGUGAAAAGAGUAAAAGUCAACACUCUGCCGAUAGUUGUGGGUUUUCUCCGGGUACUCCCACAGGGAAAGUUGACAGGAUGGUGUAGGUAAAAGGGCCCACAGUAAUUGGCAUAUAUAUGCUGUUGUGGUAACCCUGCCCUAGUUGGCAAAGCUAAAUAAUAAAAAAGAUUGUUCAUUGCUUGUACCGGUAUUGCAUGUGCAUUAUACAAUCAUUUUGAUGUUGAAUUAACCUAAUAAUUUUCUCAUCGCCAUUUUUGGGUUAUUUUUUUUGCCAAUCCUGCGAGCGUAACACCAUGUAACGGCGACAUUUUAUAAUUUUGUGGGUACAUGAUGGUAAAUUUACUCUGUAAAUAGUUAGUUUGUUCUGAAAUAUUGCUUUUCACAUUGUUAUAAUCGUUUACGAAAAAUUACAGUACCCCCAAAAUGGCGGUGUGAGAAAGGCUAAUUGGUUUCAUUGGUGGGGAUGUAUAUUCAUAUAUUCAUGUUCACAUACCGUAAAAGCAAUCACUUUUAAAAGAAAUCCAUCGGGCAGUUCUACACAAAUAUAUGAAUAUGCAACACUCAUCUUGCUACGGCCAUGACCACCAUGGCAAUUAUAUAGCUAUUUCAUGCAGUAUAAUAGUGGUUUGGGAUAUUUAUAAUACAAGCACUUCUCUACUACCAGUAUAUAAUUAUGGUAGUAAAUAGUAUUACUCAAUCUAGUCUGCCAAAAGGGAAUAUUUAGUUGUAAGAGGAAUAGUUAAUACGACAGCCAGCAAACUAAAGCACGGCCAUGCACUGAGAAUGAACGACACACAUGCAGCACUACAGCAAAUCUAUUUUAGCCCCCUUCCCACCUACUGUAAAAAACUCAAUUUUCUUCUGAAAACCGGCAGUAAACCAAAGUGCUUGUAAAUAUCUAUGCUGUUGGUGAAUUAACAUUAAUUGCGUUAAUAAGUUUUAUAAAUAAUAUUAAAAUUGUCUCCUUUUAUACAUUUGUCAAUAGUUAAAUUCUCAUUUCUUCAUCAGGAAAUAAUUGCUGGGCCAGUGGUUGAUUGCCUUGUCUGUGGUGAUUCAAUUCUGAUGAAUUCCAUGAAAGAACACCAGGUCAAACACAAUUCUUCUCUUACCAAGCCAAGGGUAUUUGAACUACUGUAUUAGCUUAAUGUACAUUAAAUAGACGAUGUUCAGUUAAUAAAGUUGACAAAUACUACACCAUGCUGCCAGGCUUCCAUUUGGAUUCUGAAAGGUAGCCAGCCACAUCAAUAUUUUUCAGCAGCUUCUGGCAUAUUCCCCCAUUAUGGUUUUUCACAUCUACUGUAACUUGUGUUGCUAUUAGGGUGAUUUCAAAUUGUGUGUCUAGCUGCUGUACAUAAUGUAAAUGAAUCCGACUGCACAAAAUUUUGUUAUAUUUUUUAUAGAGACAAAGACAUGCAGAUGUUGAAAACAUAUUUGAGAGGUAUAAAGUCAAACAAAUUAUCUGAGUUUCUUAUAUGUACAUGAUUAGCAAACUUUUGUUGACAAAUCUCGUUUUUCACAAAUGCGAUAUCCUUAACAGUUUGAGCAUCCUAUACAACUCAUGUGUAAUAGUAUAUGCAUAUACAGAUAUAGAAAUGUUAUAAAUGUUAAGGGGAAAAUAUGGUAUUUGACAUUGUAUGUUUUCUUUUUUAAAGCUGUGAGAUCUUUUUUAUUUACAGGUAGUUCAACUUGUUGGUUCAUCAAUGUAUGCUUCAUUCGCUGGUAUUAUAGAUCGCUGAGCCCCUUGUCAAGUCAUUCAAACUAAUUAAAAAUUGAACAUGAAAAAAACUGUUUCAAAAUAUAUUUGCUGUAUAAGUUCUUUAAUUUUGUUCAAGAAAGUGCAUGAAAUGGCUUUUUUUUCUGAGCCUCAAUUUUUGCAGGUCCCUGGUUAAUGUGCUCCCCUCAAAUGUCCGCCGAUAUUCAGCAGGUGUUACAUCAGUGCCAUGGGAAUGCAGAUGCCGCAGCACAUCAUCUGCUGGGUAAUUUUUAGUUACUGGUAAAACUGUUUGUAAAUGGGGGGGGGGGGAGCUGCUGUGAGAUGCGCAUCCCCAACUCCCUCCCACUCCUCCUAAACAAAAUUACAGUAUUAUCAUGAAAACAAUUAUAAAACAUUUAAUAUGUGUAUUUAAAUGCUCUACAUCUAGUUAACUAGUUUCUAAAACAAAUUUAUAUUAAAACUGCAUUUUUUUGCUUAGGAAUUCCAGUUGUUAAAGUUGAUGGAAGUGAUAGAAGUGGCAUGCAGACAUCUGUUGAAACAGGUAAAAGUUGUGCCUCAUAUUCCACACCUACUACUGCUCUCUUGGGUUAUCAGAAGGAAGUGAUUGAAGAGGAUUCGCCCAGACAAAAGAUUUGUGUGUGUAGAAUUGACGGAGUGAGUGAAUUAAGAAGAGAAAUAAUUGGAAUAUACAAGCUAGAAGCCUGAUUUGAACUUGAAGGCUAACAUAAAAGUGAGAUUUGAAGAAGAGGAAGCUGUUGGCAGUGGACCUGUCCGCGAGUAUUUAGUAAACGCAAUUAAAGUUGUGGAUGAAGGCAUUCUGACCCCAAAUGGAAAACCAUUGAUUUUCUUCGAGGGAGAACAAGAUCAUCGUCCACCUAUUCACGACCAGUCCUUACGUCUGAUGGGAACGUUUAAGGCAGUUGGCCGUAUAAUUGGGCAUAGCGUUUUGCAUGGUGGCCCGGGUCUUCAGGUCUGUCCCCAGCAAUAAAGCACUUUCUGUCAACAGAUGAAGAAUCACAGGAGCCCCCUUCGAUUGUUGUUGAAGAUAUUACAGACAUUUACCUCAGGCAGAUAAUAAUGAAACAUGUAAGUUUAAUGUUUUUGACAUUUUUUUAUUAUUUCAAUGUCUUAAGAAUGCUAUCGACAACUACAGUUUUUCACAAAUUUAAACUAAGAAAUGCGCCAGAUUUCAACUAAUAAUUUAUUCAACCAAUGACUAAAAUUAACUACAAGGAUUGAAAUCUUGUUCGGUCAUAUUUUUUAGAUUGAAAUUUAGUAAUAAGGCCUUGUGGAUUGAAUUAAUUUUUCAUCACAAUGAAUUUAGUACUGCAUAAAAAUCUCGUACACAGAAGGAUCAAGGUUGACUGCAUUUUAAACUUUUUUAUACCAUGAUGUGACGCAAGCAUUUAUUGGUUUUAAAUUGUACAAUUUAAUACUGUAUGGAAUCAUAAAAUUGCAUACACCAAUUACGUGUCAGCAUUGUCAGUGUUUGUGAAUACAUGCAGAACUGCUAAUGGUAAUGAGUACAUUUUUUAUUAUUUAGUUGGAUAAUUGUGAACGUAGUGAGAAUAGUCAAUAUCCCAUAGAUAUAUCGCAGACAAGAGAAGACCUCCAGUCGUACUUGAUGGAAGCUGGCCUCGACCCAGACAAUUUUCAAGAGCUCUAUAAUAUGAUGAUUGAAGGAUUAAUGAUGUUCAAUGUAAAAGAUAAGAGACGAAUGGAACUACUUGACAUUCAAAAAGGUACAGUGCAUCUUGCUAAUAGUAUCAAUAAAGUUUACCAAUGAUACCACUAUUGUAGUAGCACUGUUUUUUUAUGAAUUUUAUAGGCAUGGAAGAAGUAUCACUCAUCACUUUUUUGAUAAAAAACCGCAUUCUUACCCAAGUGGUGUUUCCAACUGAUCAAGAAAGAAUUAUUCCUGCCGAACAUUUGUUGGAGCACACAAGGUUUGAAGAAGAAGAUGUAUCAGAAUCUAAUAAGACAACUGCUAUGUUUUUCCGAUCCUACAUUAAAGAAAUUGCAGAGAGAAAGGAAGGUACUGCACAUGUUUGUAAAAUUUAUUUUUAAAAUAGUGUUUUACAGAAUCCAUUUCGUAUCGAUAUCUGUACGUCUCACACAAAUGUUGUCCUAAUUUGCAUCAACUGUAUACUGAAAUUAUAUUAUAUAAGCCGAAUUUAAAUUUAACUUUUAGGAAAUGAAUUUUCAAAAUAUAACUAUUUGUCUAUUUAAACCCUUGUUUUCAAAGAAUAGGGACAAAUAUUCCAACGAUUGAAUGUGAUAUUUAUGAAAUUUAAAACGACUCGUCUUUGACACGUCAUUUUAAAAUGUACAUGUGCAUGUACAUGUGCCUAACUGCGAAAUUCAGAUGUUUGUACAUGAGCGAUUGUAUUCAAACUUCCUACUUUUCUGCUUUCGCAGUAAGUAGAACUGACUUCUACUCAAUGACAAUGGUGAAGUGAAAUUUUUUCUCGCAAAGCCCAAUUUUUCUUUACUGUACUGCGCAUGCAGUAAUUUCACACACAAUUUUUAGUAAUUUCACACGAAAUUUUUCGCAUUUCGCCGAAGAAAGCGCCUGUGGAAUCAGGCCUUUAUGCUGUACUAUUCAACGGUCAAUUUUAGAAAAAAAGAUUAACACCAUUUAACAAAAAUUACUACCAUUUAACAUCGCUACCUGGCCUUAGUAUACAACAACGCAUAGCCAUGCUUCAUAUUUAUUUUAUUGUAUUACUUAAAUUAAAUAAAUAUUCAAUUUUUUUAACAUUUACUGCUUAUUUCAGAUGGUGCUCAAGUGUUGGAUUUAGUGUGCUUUUGGACUGGUAGUGUAAUAAUACCAUGCAACACACAAUAUUUCCUUGUUAAAUUUGAUGCUGGUGAAAUUGACCUGCCACUUUCUGAAACCUGUUUUUAA